AUGUCGGGCGAGAACAAUUCCGAGAGUGACCCAACACUCGACGAUACACUCGAGCAGGGUGAGACGAUGAUAGAUGCUGCUCCAGACAACCAACAAAAAUGGUUAAAGCCAGAUGAAAUGCCUACGCUGGACAAGCUGGCAGCAAGAUGCGUCAUGGCUACUGGGCUCACAGCUCUGACCCCCCGCUUGACGGCUCAAGAGUCAUUCUGCGAGCUACUCCGUUGGUGGAAAGACAAGAUCAUGGAGUCUUCUGGCCUGCAGCUGACCGACUUUGUCAUCACCAUGAAAAGGCGUGGAAACCACUCCGAUGCAAAGAUCCCCGCAGAGAUCGCUUUCACCGCGCAAGAUGGAUCUGGAAAGCCUCUUGGAUAUGUUCACUACAUGAACAGCAGAGAUGGCAAGGGCGGCACCGUCACAGUCGCUGUACGAGACGUGACUCCUCUGCAGCCCAGCAUGGUAGUCCCUAAUCUCGAGCGGCCUAAGGAGCCUCAAGAUGUUCGAUUCACCCACCGUUCAGAACUCGGCUUAGGAAGGGCCGUUCUCAACUUCUUAGGAGCCGGCACAAACCACGGUGUUAUGUGCAGAACCGGGGGUUACAAAUACAGAUUCAACUUUGGCCCAGAAGGUCAGCUCAUGGCCGUCCUGACAGUCAUGGACCAAGUCAAGAACAAUGAGUUUCGACGAUUGACAGCCCCAAAGGGCAGUCGAUAUGUCCCUUUUCAGCCACAUCCGGAGACUGACACCGUCUUCGUCAUUGGCGUUGAUAGGGACGCACUGGGGAGAGGCGGGCGAGGCAAAUACAUCUACCGCUCCAAGGUCACCCCCAGAGAGUUCAACAUCUGGUGCGAACCCGCCUUAUUUCUACAGGACAUCAAAAAUGCCGAUAUCGUCAAGACUGAGUUGGGCGAUCUGAUCCUUGAUUCCAGGUCUCGAGGCAAAAUCUACCUCGAAGGCUUUCUCCUGAGUGACACCACCCGCAGGGGCUAUGCCAGCUUGUCCGAGAGACCGCUCAGAUUCGGUUACAACAUCCUCUACGGAACUCCAGAUGAGAGAAUGAAGCACAUGAGUUCGCUUGAGGAAGAGUGUCGAGCUAUCAUCUCCUUGCUCGACGACUGGGGCUGGGGAGAUGUUGAGCUGGCGGUGCAGUUCAUCAAGAAGGAUACCAUCUCUCUUCUCGGAGAUUAUCUGUUUCUUGAUCGUUCAAAGUGGUACUAUCCCACCGGCUCUAAACCGGACCCUGAAUGCGAAAAGAAUCUCUCCAAAUUUGGUCGACAGGCAGUAGAAUUGCUAGACUCGUACUAUUCCAUCUUGGCGCCCUACGAAACAGUCAAUAGAAAGUUAUACGAGUACAUUCCUCGAGUGCUCAAUGAGGAGCCGGUUUCUAUCCCAGACACACAGUUUGCCGCAUUUGUCGACAAGGCUCUUCGGUCCUGUCUGUCUGCAUGCAAGCACACAGAAAAUCUCAGCGUCAUGUUUUUCGACGCACGACGUCUUCCUCAUUGGACUGUUUUAGUUGAUGAUAAUGUCGUCAGAGUACCUGACAAGUGGCUCGAUCAGGGAAAUUUGGAGCUGAUCCAUAACAUUCUGGGAGGUGAUGAGUUACUCUCGGAUUUGAUGAAGUCAGUUCCGAGCAUUCUGCUUCAUUUCGUUCUCAAGCAGGUCCCCAUUGACGAGGAAUCCUGUGACAGACACAAAACCAUUGCGAGGCAGAGGCUUAAGGACUAUGCUCAGGAGGAGCUGAACUCUAAGAUGCUGAAUCUGAGCUUUGAGCCAGGCUCAAGGUCCAACUUAGCAAAUGUCUCUUGGGAGACUACGUUAUCCCCCCGAAAUGUCUCGAGCUAUCAUGUCCAGCUGCAUCAGACAGAAACAUGCUGGGAUCACCAGAACGCUGUUCUGGUUCAAGACAUCCUCCCCACAACCCUGACCUGCAUCAACGACACAUGCCACAUCUCGGAAGUAAUCAUCACAAAGGAUUUCCGACGAUACUGCAUCAAGGAUUGCAUUUUGGGGAAAGAGUAUUUUGGAAUCGUCUACAACCCGGAUGAACCUCUAUUCAUCCCCCUCGUCACAAGUACUUUCACGGUACCGAUGGACGUGAGCACUGCCGAUGACUAUGAUGUUGAGAUGGCGCUGUAG